AUGGGCUGGGUUUUAACUUGGGCCUGGUCGCUAGGAGGGCUGGGCAGAGAGAAUCGAGGUCCCGGCCUUCUCGAAUCAGCUCGCACGAUCGAGUGGAUCGAGGGCAAAGCAGGAUUGGUGUUUAGUAUCAAGCACUGCCGUUGGACGGGUGAGGAGCAACAACUCUCAUCGUUCUCCCAGUCAAGGGUGUGUCUUAAGGCUUUGCUGCAAGGAUAUGUGGACAGCAGCGAGCGGAUGGGAGGACAAGAUCCAAGACAGCCAGCAGCAAUAAUGACUAGCAGGAAUAGCAACAGAGCAGCAGCAACAGCAGCAGCAACAGCAGCAGCAACCAACAAACCAAGAAAUGCAGAAACAAGAGCCGCACAGGGCGACGAGGAGCUAACACAGGAGCAGGAGAGGGAGGAAAUAAGGCGACAAGAAGCAAGUCUUGAUUAUCAUCAUCUCCAAGUACCUCAGAAAAGAACCUAUCUAUCGUCGACGAGCUUAACAAAUCCAUGGCUGUGCCUUAAAUCUCAAUCCCUGUCCAAGGUGAGCUCUCCUGGUGAGAUUUUGCCCCAACACCAGACCAGCUCUCUCCAUCUCCAUCUCUUAUUAGCCAGUUGGCCCUUGCUUGAACCCAUGGAUCCUGGAUUCCCCCCCAUAUCUCCUAUUAUCCUCUCGGAGCCACACGGCGAAGUCGGGUGGGAGAAGCAAAAAUUGAUCUUAAACUUUAUUGCCGGUUGUCCGAAAACCCUCUGGGCAGGCAGUGGAGAAGCUAAAUGAACAAUGACGAAAUUCCGUAAAUCCCCAAGAAGAGCUGUAGUUAACUAUUCCGUGUCUGGCCUGGGCAAUCAUACGAAGGUUUGAACUAGCUAUACUUUUGCCUUACUUAAUAAUAUGGACCUCAUACAAUGAAUGCACACUAAUGAGUCAAAG